AUGGAUUAUGCCCAAUUUGGUGAUGUUGUCACAUUUGAUACGACUUACAAGUUAAACGAUGAACAUAGACCCUUUUCAUCUUUUGUGGGAUUCAACCGUCAUAGGGAAAUAGUUAUAUUUGAUGCAGCCUUGUUGUAUGAUGAGACCGCCGAAUCGUUUGUAUGGUUGUUUCAAAAUUUUCUAGAGGCUAUGUCAAGAAAGGUACUAAAAACUUUGUUCACCGAUCAAGAUGCUGCAAUGGCUAAAGCCAUACCCAUUGUUAUGCCUGACACGAGUCACCAAUUGUGUACUUGGCAUUUGAUGCAAAAUGUAUUAAAACAUGUUAAUUAUCUAUUCCAAGAUAAGGGGGUAAAUGGUGUACUAAAUAAAUUCCUGUUUGACAUUAAAGAUGAAAAUCAAUGGAAGUUAGAGUGGACGAAAAUGCUUGAUAAAUAUGAUGCGCAUGAUAAUCAUUGGUUGAAAUUGACUUUUGCGGUGAAAGAAAAAUGGGGUUCGCCAUAUGUUAGAUCAACAUGGGCUAUGAGAAUGAGUACUACACAACUUACUGAAUCUUUUAAUGCUUUUUUGAAGGAUUACAUUCAUUCUGAUUUCAAUUUAAAUGAAUUCUUCAUGCAUUUCGAAAGGGUACUUUAUGAGAAGCGAUACAAGGAGUUAAAAGCAGGAUAUGCUUUGUGCCAAAGGUUGCCAAAGUACUUUCGAUCCAUUGAAUCGGACAUAGAAGUAAUUGAAUAUGGUGAGGCUAGUACCAUUUACACAGUUGUUGAUGUUGGUAGCAAUCAUGCAAGGAAAGUGAAGAUGGAGAGGGAUGACUCUUUGGGUGGUAAUUGUAUAAAGUUUGAAAGGGAAGGAAUUUUGUGUUGUCACUCAUUGAAGGUUAUUAAAGACACAUUGAAGAUGAAAGAGGUUCCUCCACAAUACAUUCUAAAGAGGUGGACGAAACAAGCAAGAGCCAAAACUGUGAAGGACAUUACGGGGAAUGACAUUCAAGUAGAUGUGAAAUUCCAACAAGCCUCACGGUAUAAGACAUUGAUGACCACAUUUAAAGCAAUAGCAUGUAGAGCUACAGAAACUGAAGAAACUUAUGAGCUUUCUAUUGCACAACUUGCUACAUUAGGUACAAAUGUUGAACGCAAGUUAAGUGCACAUUUUGGUGUUGAAAAUGAAGUAAGUAAUGAUGAUGCAACCCAAAGCUUUGAAGUGGAUUGCGAAGAUGUGAAUCAUGUUGGGCAACCAAAAGAAUUGAAGAAAAAGGUGGCAACUAGUAAGGGAAAAAUGAGGGUAAAAGGUGAAUUCGAAGCGGCGUUGGUUCAUCAACAUGUUCCUCCUCUUCAACCUUUUCUUCCUCUUCAUCCUCUCCCUCCAUCUUUGGCCAUGGGUGGUAAUUCUAUUCCUCCGCCAUGGAUGUAUCCUACAUAUCAUGUUCAUGUGGAUAUAACAUUGGGUUUCGAUAUUCUCAAGAAUCAAAUAGUCCAAUGUGUAGUCAGGCUAUCGACAGGUAGAAAGAGGUGGAAUGCACUGGAAAUAGAAGUCAUAGCAGCUGAAACUGUGAAGCAAACUUAUGCUGAAAUUGUUCAUGUUGUUGUUGCUGUUGGAAAAGAUGAUGAUGCUGGCCCGGGUUUCGAGAACAGAGGUGCUGAUGUUCAGGAGGCAUCCGAGGCAGAGAGCGGAGAUGAUGCUAGCUCUGGUUCUGGCUCAGAGACUGAUUCAGACAGUGGCGCUGAUGGAGAUAGUGCCCCGGAGUCCUCUCCUCAGAGGAAAAGGAUGAAGAGGGCCACUCGGACCUGA